CAUUAUUUUAGACAUGUUUGCAUCUUUUAAGCAGGAACCAUUUAUCUGCUUGUCGCAGGGAAGCAUUUUGCAGACGGACUUGACGUCUGAUCACAGGGUUGAAGGCACAUCAACUACGAGCAAGAUUGUUUACCUCGUCUUAUAGAGCGUAUGCUCGCAGGUGGAGGGAUGAGUCGCUCCGCUGCGGUGGGCACAGAAGUGCCGGAAACAGCAAACGGAGUCGCAACUUCUCCUUGUUCGGAAAACAGUUCUCAUGUCCCAGUGGUGAAAUGUGUAGGUAACAAAGAGGACUUUACCACAGAGGAUUCCUUCCUCAGACACACAGAAAAUUACUUCGAUAGAGAAAACACAGUCCGCGAUCGCCGUUGUUUGGAUACAGAAAUAGAGGACAAUGUGAGAAGGAGUUUGUCUUUACACCCUUCUCCUGAGAUGGACCUCUCGCCCUCUGAGGACUCGUGCACGGCAGACUACUCGGGUGGAGUCUGUCCUGGAGGCCCGAGCAGGCCUGCAGGUCUGCGGCAAGACUUUCCGCCUAAACCUUCUUCGUCUAGGGGAAGACGCCCCGUCACCACAGGCUUGGACAGUGGAGAAGAGGACGAAGAGAAAGAGAAACAGGACGAGGAGGAGGACGAGAAGAAUGAAAAGAGAUGGCGGACUGAGGUUGCCGGAGAGAGAAAAGAAGUUGAGUCUUUACGUCACUACUCCUCCUCAGCACCAGGUCCCAGCACCUCCUCCUCCCCGCCGCCUCCUCUUCUCCCCUCAGACGACGUCCCCUGUCCCCCUCACGUCAUGGCCCAGGUGUGGGUCCGCAACGUCCGAGGGAUGCAGGACAGCAAGAGCCUGGAUGAGAUCAGCCAAUCGUGCAGCGGCGGUGUGGGGGCCCGUGGAGCAGGCAAAGCGGGCCAGUCCGAGGGCAGACGGGCGACCAUUUCCUCGGCCCUUGAGCUGGAGGGCACGGUCAGCCAUGAGGGAGACCUGACCCACUUCAUCACCAAGAACCUGGAGCAGAAGAUCAAGAUGAGCUCCAAGCCCAGUCUGGACUGCAGUGACUCGGAUUGUUCAGGUCCCAUCUACCGCAGCAGAGGGUUGUCACGGAGACCAGCUGAUAUCCCGCCCAUCGAUCCCACCGUCCUGGUGGACCUGCAACGACACACUCAGGACGUGGCGCACAGUGUGGAGAUGAUGAUGCGCAGCCUCAACGGAACCAUCCAGAAUAUGACAGCUUUGAGCGUGGGCUACAUUCAGACCUACAGAGACUCCGUGGAUAGUCUGGGAGAGUCUGUGGAUAUGAGUAUAAAGGGCAUGUACACGCUGAUGGCCCGAUGCGAGGAGUUGGACCGCUCCAUGCAGCCCAUCAACGUCCUGGCGGCACAGAUUCGAGACAUCAAGCGCACUCUGGAUGCUCUGGAGGCCAUUUGCAAGUAACCCUGUGCUCCCCCCCGCACCUUUUUGUAGUAAAGACAAAAGCACCAAGCACAUUGAAGAAGGUUCUCUGCAAGUUAAGAGUCAACACUUUUUUUAACCUCUGGGAGAUUCACCAGGCAUGCUGGAUUAUUUGGGCCCUAACCUCUCAUGCUUGUUGUUUAAAGAUCAUUUUUAUUCGUUUGAUCGAAGCGUUUAUCCGUCCUGCCGGCUUUGGCCAGGUUGCACUAAACCCUCAUUUCCACAUGGUGGCAAUGUUGCUUUCCCCCGCCACACUGAACUGCUCCAAUGACUUUUUUGGGGGAACUGGCACAGAGUCUAUUUUUAUUCAAACGCAAUAAUGGCACAUUUUUUCACCGCAGGUGAGCAUUGUGUAUAGCGUCUUUUAUUUAUCUUUAUUAUUUAUUUGGUUAUGCUGAAAACUCACGUACAGUAACUGUCCCUGUUUCGACGAGAUGUCCCUUUUUUAAGAGUUAGAACAUGUAGUGUGAUACCUACCCAAAUCUAGUGAUCCAUGUUACCUGUUUAUUAAACUGGCAUCCUUGGA